AUGGUAAAUUUAAUUAUCAACUUUGUAGAUUUACCGAAAAGGAGUAAUGUAAUAGCAAUAGUAACUGGGGGGUCAAGAGGCAUUGGACUGGAGGUCGUUAAAAAGUUUUUGAUGUCCGAUAUGCACGUCGUCAUAGGUUGUAGAAAUGUCCAAGCAGGGCUGGAUGCAGUUGAGAAAUUUAGAAAUCAAGACAUUACAUCUGGAAAAGUUGACGUGAUAAAAUUAGAUACUUCUUCAUUGGAAUCUGUAAGAAAUUUUGCUCGUGAAGUAACAUCAUUAAUUAAACAACUACAUAUAUUAGUAAACAAUGCUGGCAUAAUGUUUACACCUUACACAUUAACUGAAGAUCAAAAUGAAUCUCAAUGGGCAGUAAAUUAUUUGGGUCAUGCUUAUUUAACUCAUCUUCUUUUGCCUUUGUUGAAAAAAACUGGUGAUAAUUCAGAAUUCUGCUCUAGAAUUGUUCAUGUUUCAUCGUGUGCUCAUGUAGCUGGCUCUAUCAAUUUUAAUGACAUAAAUUUUCAAAGGGCAUUGUACAUACCUAGUGAAGCAUAUGCACAAUCAAAGCUUGCUCAAAUUAUGUUUUCAAAUGCAUUGGAUAGAAGAUUGAAAGAAGAAAAUGCAAAAGUUUUGUCAAUAUCUGUACAUCCUGGUGUGGUCGACACUCAGUUGUUUGAUGGUACUUUUUUAAAAAAAGUCGCACCUUGGAUACCGAAAUUACUCUUUAAGACUCCUGAACAAGGUUCAAGAUCCAUAGUUUUUGCUGCAUUGUCAGAUACACUAGAAAAUACAGGAGGAAUUUAUGUAUCUAAUUGUCAAAAAACAAGCAUGAGUUCUUAUGCCACAAAUAUUGAAAAACAAGAGCUUUUAAUGAAAAAAACUGCAGAAAUGUUGUCUUUGAUCGAAUUUUGUUAG